AUGGUCUUCGCGUGGAAAUCCGCUGGUCUGACCUACAACCGCUACCUGGCCGUCGCUGCUCGCGCGGUCCGCCGCUCCCUCCAGGACGGCCCUCGUCUUGCUGCCGAGCGCCGCGGCAACAUGGACCUGCGUUUCGCUAAGUGGGAGAACGGCAAGCAGGGUGAGGUCAAGAACCUUGCCGAAGCCAACGACCAGGCUCUCGCUGCCCAGGCCGAGAAGAAAUAA